CAGCUGGAGAAUCAUAGCUGCGAAGACAUGGCUGCUGAGACGGAUGACAACAAAAAAACAUUUUAUAGGAAGCCCAGUCCCACACUGUGGACUACAUCAUCGUUGGUGAUCAUAUUUGCGGUCUGGUGUGGACUGCUGCCCAUCUUGGCAGCAUCAGGACACCUUCUGAACAGCCAGAGCUUUGAAUGUGGGAACAGUAAUGAGGAGGCGUCCAGGCUGAAAAAGGAGUCCUUACUGGUGUAUUUGUGGUCAGGGCUCUGUCUGCUGAGCUGUAUAUUGCUACUGCUGGAAAUUUGGAUAAGGAAGAGCUUUUUUUCGGUGUUACUGGGUGCAAUCUGUGUCCUGUUUGUGAUCAUGAUUUUAUCUUUUACAAAGACUUGGAAAGAAGAGACUCUGGAAAUACAAGCGUUUAAACAGCGCUACUUAGCCCUGAUACCUCUGACAGAUAUACCAGGAAACAAACAGACCAAUUUGAAUGACACAAACUGUUCUAUACUCAACAAUGUUUACCGCUGGCAGGCUGAGUUUAAGUGUUGUGGACUCGAAGGCUACCAAGACUGGGGGUCCAUGAUCCCAGACUCAUGUUUAUGUGAAGGAGAGGACAACAGCUCUGGAUGUGUUGGAGUUGGAAACAGCCUUGUUCAUGAGAAGCCUUGUCUCCCUACAGUCCUUUCCCUUGUAGGAAAACGCAGCUCCACGUUUUGGAUCGUCAUGAUAGUUUGGAUCACCAUCAUUGGUGCUCCGGUUGCCAUCUUUUUGUUGGCUCUGGUGGUCUCAUUUUCUCUAUGUAGUUAUUGGAGUGUUUGGAAAUACAAAAUGAGUGGAGGACAGGAAAUUGUUCCAGUGGUGUUCAUCCGAAAGGACAAUAAUAACCAAACAGAGGAGGAAAACAGAAAAGAUGGGGAAGCAAAAGAAAGCAGAAGGGAUGAGGACGUUGUCGUAGAGGUAGAGGACGUAGAGGACGUAGAGGACGGAACAAGUGUGGAGGGAGAGGGACAAGAAGCAGCGGAAGAGCACUGGGAUGAAAAUGUAAUUACAAUGAUUCCGCUGUCAGAGCUAAGGAGGCUGCAGGACGAGCUGGACACGCCUCCCGUCCAACACCAGGCCCAAUGUUUGUGUAUAUUUUCUAGGAAACCCAAGAACUUCUAUACAGUAAUGAUAGAGGAGGGUUCACCACUGCUACCCAGCGGUGCUGUGUUGGCUGAUGCCAACAAACCCAGCGAAUGUCUUUGGGCUGAGGGACACCAUGUUUUCUCAGUGGAGCAUAUUGUCUGGCCGAGAGAGAGUAAACCGCAAGGCACUCCACCAUUAUAGUGUUAAACUGUUAAUUUGUGCUGGUG